UCUCUCUCUUUCUCUCUCUCUCGCCCUCUGCCCUGCUCCCUGAUUCGCCCGGUCUUUUGCCGUGUGUUGACCCCCUCCCAAGCGGCAGACCGGCCUCCCGUCUCCUCCCCUCCUGCUGCUCUCCCCGCCUCGCCUCCAUUCUCUUCAACUGCCAAGGGCACUCCUCGCUGCCGCCUCCGAUCGCCGGACCAGACCGGCGCUCCGCACGACUGCCCUCUGGCAGCAAUGUCGAAGGAGAUUGUUAGCAUCCAGCUCGGCCAGUGUGGCAACCAGGUCGGUCUGUCAUACUGGUCGGCUCUCUGCCGAGAGCAUGGCCUCUCGCCAGAUGGCGUUGUCCAGUCCACCCCCCUGGGCCAACACACCUCCGACAUGAAGGACAUCUUCUUCUCCCAAGUGUCCGACCACAAAUGGGUCCCGCGUUUGGUGAUGGCCGAUCUGGAGCCACGGGUCAUCGACCAGGUGCUCGUCGGGCCACAUGCCGACCUCUUCCGACGCGACCGGGUGUUCAAAGGCAGUGACGGCGGCGGAGCCGGCAACGUUUGGACCAAGGGCUACUGGGAGUCGGCCACCAGUGGGGCCGGCACCGACGCGCCAUCGGACCUGGCCUUCGAGUUCCUCCUUGGAGAUAUGAUCAACCGCGAGGCCGAAGCGUGUGACCGAUUGGAGGGGUUCAUGCUGACACACUCGAUCGGCGGUGGAACGGGCGCCGGCGUCGGCAGCCGGACUCUCGAGUGGCUUGUGGACAACUUCCCCUCCAAGCAUAUUCAAACAUCCUCGAUCUUUCCCCAAAUCCGCGGCUCCUCGGACGUGGUGCUGGCCCCGUACAAUGUGCUGCUGUCUCUCCGGCGCCUGGCCGAAUGCGCAGAUGCAGUGUUUGUCUUCGACAAUUCGGCCUUCGCCAAUUCGUCGCACUUCCGCCAGAGCCAACUGGCGGGCCUCGCGCCCAAGGAAUCCUUCGGCGUCAACAACCGCUUCAUCGCCCGGGCGUUGGCGCUGGCGACCGCGCCGAUGCGGCUGCCCUCGACGCCCGGCGGUCCGGGGUCGGCCUCCGGCGGGUCGGCCGGCCUCGGCGGCAUCAUUGCCUCCCUGGUGCCGGACUCGCGGCUGCAAUUCCUGACCCCCUCUCUGUCUGCCUGGCCGCGGGCGGUCGGGGACCUUCCUUUGGCCGGAGCCGGGGGGGGCGACUUCGACCCUGCCCUGGGCGGCGGUAUGUAUCCCCUUUCCGGGCGCGGUGCGGGUCCCGGCACCGGGGGCCAAACCCUGCGCGACAUGCUGCCAAACCUCCUGCGGCCGGACCACCGGCUGGCCGGAGCCCCGGGCGGCCCGCCCGGCCGGCUGAUCGCCGCUUGGGCUUCGAUUAGCUCGGGCUCGGCUGGCGGGCCUGGCGCGGCGCCCUCGCUAGAAGCGCAUGACGUACAUCAUGCGCUGGCUCGGUUGAGACACCGCGGCCUGCUGGUGUCCACCAGCCAUGCCCCCAGCUCGCUGCCGACCACGGCGCAGUUCCUGGCCCUGGGCCAGCAGGCGGCCACCGCGGCGGCUGCCAUGUCGCACGACCACCUGCCAGCUGGGGGGGGCUUCCGGCGGCAGGCCUUCUCCAGCCCGCCCCCCUUCGCCCCCUGGGUACCGGCCUCCCUUCAGAUUGCUGUGUCUGGCCAGCCGGCCGCGAUGCCGGCCGCCACCGAACCGGCCCCGAACCAAGCCCCUGAUGGGCUUCUCCUGUCCAACUGGACUGGCAUUGCAGCAACCUUCCACGAGUAUUGCACCGCCUUCUCGCGUAUGAACACUCGCCGGGCAUACUACCGUCAGUACACCGCAUAUCUGCCCUCCCAGUCGGAUGCCGACUUCCACGAGGAACUUAUGCAGUGCUACGAUGCCGUUCGCGACCUGAUCAGCGAAUAUUCCCUGGCCGAAACGGCCGACUAUCUGACCGCCACCGGUGCCGAGGACAGCCCCGCCGAUUUGACCGCCCACCAGUACCAGCAACGGCCGCCGCACCAGCACCACUCGGACCACCCCCACUCCUACCUCAGUCACCACAAUCAUCUGUCAGGUGGCCGCUUUUAAUAGAUCACGCGGCGAAUCGCCCCGCCCCCCUCAACUGCCGC